GCCAACAACGACACAGACACAAUUUCCAUACAUACAGGAAGAAAUUCUGGAAGAAAUCAUGUCGAGGUUGCCUGUGAAAUCCCUUAUGAGAUUCAAAAGUGUAUGCAAAUCAUGGAACAAUCUCAUCUCGGAAUCUCGCUUCUCAAAGCUUCACCUCCAACGAUCCAUGGAUGGCAACCGCAUCAAUUUCACCUACUUGAGCGGUUGCGACACUACUUUGGCAUACGAAGCCAGCACCGGCAAAUUAAUGCAAUCCGACGACGACGACGACGUUGCAUUAAGCGUCCUAGCUUACUGCAACGGCUUGUUCUGCAUCGCCCUGGCCGACGAUCUCUUUCUAUUCAACCCAUGCUCCAGAAAAGCUAGAAAAAUCCCCAAUUCGCCGGUCGAAUUCCCAACAGGCGCCUCCACGUGGGCCUCUGUAUUCUUCGGCCUCGGCCACCGCGCUGCCUCUGACGAUUACCAACUGGUGAGGAUCUCCAUGUUCGGAGAUGUGGAUUUUUCAACAGAGGUGAAGAUUUAUUCGAGAAACAGCGAGGCAUGGAGGGUGGUGGGGGACUUCCCGUACGACUACCCGCUCAGCCGCCCCGGCGUGUUCGCUGCGGGGUGUCUGCAUUGGAUCGUGUCGGUGUGGGAUGGCGGCGUUCAUCAUCACAGAGUUGCUCUGCUCGAUCUCGAAGACGACAGCUACCGCUCUAUCCAGCUGCCGGAUUUUGGAGGCAGAGUGCCGCCGUUUUUCGACAUUGGAGCCUUGGACGGUAAGCUCGUGGUGUUCUACUACUCCUCCUCCGACGGGGCCUCGAGCAUCUGGAUACUAGAGGAGCACGGCAGGGCAAAGUCGUGGACGAGGAUCAAGAUCGCGACGGAUUGCGUGAGCAGCUUAGAGGCUUUCGUCUACUUCCAGCCGCUGUGUUUCUUGAAGCCGGGGCGGAUCCUGGUCCGUCUUGGCGCCAAAAUGGUUGCGGGUUUUCAUGUGGCGGAGAAGCGGUAUUACAAUAUCUACAUGCCGCACAUUUUGGAGUGUCAAAUGGUUAGCUUUCUGGAGAGCCUCGUAUCGCCAGAUGCUCUGCUUUAG